GGAAGGUGAACAUCAAUUUCACAUCGGUGGUUUUUAGUACGAACACAUCCUAAGCCAGUGAGACGGAUAACAUCAAUUUUACGUCUGGAGGUUUUAGACUGCACCAAAGGGGCAGAGGCAAGCAGUAAAGAUGGCCAGAACAUUUGUGUGUGCCAUCGUGGUUGCCAUCUUUGUGACCAUACCCGCCGUUGCGUCUCAACUGUGUCAAUUGUAUCAAACGGAGAGGAACAUCGGAGUUCAGUGGCUCCCCGAGACUCUUCCAGCAGAGCGAUUCGAGAUUACUUUCAGGGUGUUGGCGCUAGGGGAUGUUUACAUCUACCUUGGUGAUGGUCCUCACGCACGUUUGGCUAUUGGAAUCGGUGUGGAUCAAAACUCCGCGACUAUCAUCAAAGGAAAUUCCGGCAAAACUUACGCAAAGACUCCUGGGAUAAUCAAAUGUGACACAUUCAGCGAGUUUUGGCUGCUAUAUAGUCCGAGUUUUGUGAAACUGGGUAGAGUUGGUCAGACUUCACCAAUCGUGACACUCUUUCACUCUGAGAGUUAUGUACCGACUAGAUUGGGUUUCAGUACUAGUUCGGUCAGUGUUGGGCUGUUUUCAUUUGAUCCAUUCGGAAAGACGGCACCAACGUUUUUCGAGCAAGAGUUUAACACUUGCACAGGAUUCUGCUACGACUGGAGAUUGAAUCCAAUGCCUCUCGGCGAGAGGAUAUGCUUCCAGGCACGCACAGAAGGAGUGGCUGCUAUUGCCUUAUCUCCAAUGAGAGAACCAAACGCUGGGCAGUCUCUCUAUGAAAUAGUAUUUGGCUAUGACGAAAAUAGCAUGAUCGUGCUCCGCCGCCAUAUGCACGGAGAAGAGAUCGAAGUUGUCGAGGCAAAGGACACCCUAAACUGUGAUGAAUUCGUGUCUUACUGUAUCGAGGCUUCAGGACCUCACAUCCAAAUCACCCGCCUGGGAGACCCCAAGAUACUGAUGGACUUCACGGACUCUGUAGGCAUUCCCAUCAACUAUCGAUACAUCGGAUUCGCCGGAGGGUUUGAUCACUGUGUCGAAUGGAGAUGGCCCGUUGAUAUUAUUCCAAAACUCAUUCUAGAGACAGGUACUCAAUUGACGGAGGAAACAGGGGAAGCUCCUGCAGUGGAUCCAGUGUUACCCGAUGCAGGAGAAACUUCCAUAGUGGUUCCAGAUUUACCCGCCGCAGAAACUGAUGUUCAGCCGCCGUUAGAUGAAUCCAAUAACCCAAGUGGAAGUCAGGGCUGUGCUCCAGUGCGUUGUAAAAAAUUUUGUCCUUUCGGUCGGGCCACUGAUAAGAACGGAUGCGAGAAAUGUAAAUGCAACCGAAAAGGGAAAUCUUCUGAAGAGGAUCCAGAGAUAUCAGUAGGAGAAACUGAUGUUCAACCGCCGUCAGAUAAACCCGACACUCCAAGGCCAAGAAAAGACCGUCCUAACAACAACGACAAGCCGAAGACAGAAACUGAUGUUCAGCCGCCGUCAGAUGAAACCGAUACUCCAAGUGGAAAUCAGGCCGUGUGUCCCGAAGUCCCUGAAGGUGUUUUCGGAAUCUGUUCGGAGGAGUGUGGAGCCGAUAAGAAGUGUGACGAUGGUCAACUGUGUUGCUCUAAUGGGUGUGGUCACGUGUGUAAAAAGGGCUGUUCUCCAGUGCGUUGUAGAAGGUAUUGUCCUUUUGGUUGGGCCACUGAUGAGGACGGAUGUGACAUGUGUAAAUGCAAGCGAAAAGGUGGUUCCAAGGGCAAGAAAGAGAACCGGAGGAGAGGGGAAUCUUCUGAAGAGGAUCCAGAGAUAUCAGUAGGAGAAACUGAUGUUCAACCGCCGUCAGAUAAACCCGACACUCCAAGGCCAAGAAAAGACCGUCCUAACAACAACAACAAGCCGAAGAAAGAAACUGAUGUUCAGCCGCCGUCAGAUGAAACCGAUACUCCAAGUGGAAAUCAGGCCGUGUGUCCCGAAGUCCCUGAAGGUGUUUUCGGAAUCUGUUCGGAGGAGUGUGGAGCCGAUAAGAAGUGUGACGAUGGUCAACUGUGUUGCUCUAAUGGGUGUGGUCACGUGUGUAAAAAGGGCUGUUCUCCAGUGCGUUGUAGAAGAAAUUGUCCUUUUGGUUGGGCCACUGAUGAGGACGGAUGUGACAUGUGUAAAUGCAAGCGAAAAGGUGGUUCCAAGGGCAAGAAUAAGAACCCGAGGAGAGGGGAAUCUUCUGAAGAGGAUCCAGAGAUAUCAGUAGGAGAAACUGAUGUUCAACCGCCGUCAGAUAAACCCGACACUCCAAGGCCAAGAAAAGACCGUCCUAACAACAACAACAAGCCGAAGAAAGAAACUGAUGUUCAGCCGCCGUCAGAUGAAACCGAUACUCCAAGUGGAAAUCAGGCCGUGUGUCCCGAAGUCCCUGAAGGUGUUUUCGGAAUCUGUUCGGAGGAGUGUGGAGCCGAUAAGAAGUGUGACGAUGGUCAACUGUGUUGCUCUAAUGGGUGUGGUCACGUGUGUAAAAAGGGCUGUUCUCCAGUGCGUUGUAGAAGGUAUUGUCCUUUUGGUUGGGCCACUGAUGAGGACGGAUGUGACAUGUGUAAAUGCAAGCGAAAAGGUGGUUCCAAGGGCAAGAAAGAGAACCGGAGGAGAGGGGAAUCUUCUGAAGAGGAUCCAGAGAUAUCAGUAGGAGAAACUGAUGUUCAACCGCCGUCAGAUAAACCCGACACUCCAAGGCCAAGAAAAGACCGUCCUAACAACAACAACAAGCCGAAGAAAGAAACUGAUGUUCAGCCGCCGUCAGAUGAAACCGAUACUCCAAGUGGAAAUCAGGUCGUGUGUCCCGAAGUCCCUGAAGGUGUUUUCGGAAUCUGUUCGGAGGAGUGUGGAGCCGAUAAGAAGUGUGACGAUGGUCAACUGUGUUGCUCUAAUGGGUGUGGUCACGUGUGUAAAAAGGGCUGUUCUCCAGUGCGUUGUAGAAGGUAUUGUCCUUUUGGUUGGGCCACUGAUGAGGACGGAUGUGACAUGUGUAAAUGCAAGCGAAAAGGUGGUUCCAAGGGCAAGAAUAAGAACCCGAGGAGAGGGGAAUCUUCUGAAGAGGAUCCAGAGAUAUCAGUAGGAGAAACUGAUGUUCAACCGCCGUCAGAUAAACCCGACACUCCAAGGCCAAGAAAAGACCGUCCUAACAACAACAACAAGCCGAAGAAAGGGGAAUCUUCUGAAGAGGAUCCAGAGAUAUCAGUAGGAGAAACUGAUGUUCAACCUUCGUCAGAUGAUCCGUCUGUUCCUAGAGGAAACCAAGAUGGAGAUGAAGGGGAGACUUUUACAACUUCAGGAGAUUCUUCACAAGAGAUCAAGAGGACUUUGGAUAAGAAAGUAAUCAGUGUAUUCGAAAUAUCUCCAUUCGACGAUAAAGUAUCAAAGGAGUUCCAAAUCGGUUGUGAAGUCGGCGAUUUUAAACUGGAUGUCAAUAGUGAAACCUUUUCACUUAAAAAUGGCAAAGGCGAAGAGGUGGAUUCGCAGACCACACCUGAUACUUCAGGUCGUCUCAAGUUCUCAAUUGAAAUUACCGAGUCAGCUUUCAUAAUUAGCUACAUCUUGGACCAAGACUUCACUACCCUUAUCGAAUACUCACCUCCUGGAAGGGAGGAUGGCAAGGAAUUGAACUGCAAGGCUUUCACCGUUAAAAACGUGGAUAAGCGUCGUCAGCGAGGUUGUCAGAUUAAAUACACCAAGAUCAGUCAAACCAGAUGGAGGAGCUACAAUAGGAGAAACAGACCUUCAAAUACGAGGAAAGUCCAGACGGGAGCAACGUAUGUGCCAAAGAAGACAUCGGGAUCUAAACCACGAAGAGUGAGGGAACACAGCCGUGGAAGUGGUAGUGGAAGUGGCAAUAGCAAGGGAUCGAAAUCAGGUGGUGGACGCCGUGGACGUGGCAGUGGAUCAGGCUCAGGGAAAAAGGAUAAAAUCUUAUCUGCUGGAGAAACGUUCGUGCCAAAGAAGACUUCGGGAUCUCGACCACGACCGACAGUGAGGGAACGUAGCAGUGGAAGUGGCAGUGGAAGUGGCAAUAGCAAGGGAUCGAAAUCAGGUGGUGGACGCCGUGGACGUGGCAGUGGAUCAGGCUCAGGGAAAAAGGAUAAAAUCUUAUCUGCUGGAGAAACGUUCGUGCCAAAGAAGACUUCGGGAUCUCGACCACGACCGACAGUGAGGGAACGUAGCAGUGGAAGUGAGUCAAGACGAAAGAAGAAAUCAUAAACUUCAGUGACGACGUGGAGGAUGUAUUUAGUCUAACAUUUUCCGAUGGCACAAUCUAUCUUGUUUUCACCUCUAAAACAUUGAUCGUCAAAUCUGGCAGUAGAGUAAUCGAAGAGAAAGACAUCAGCAGUAAAGUGAGACGAAACAAAUUGGACUUCUCUGUCCAGUGUUUUGAAGGUGGUUAUAAGGUCUUUAUUACCGGCGAAGAUUCUCCACUCAUUGAUCUUCAACGCGAAGCAAAGUGUAAAUCAAUAAGCCAUACAAGCACAGGAAUCCCGAAAAAGGGGUCAACAGUUUACAAAACGAAGGAAGUAAUCAAAACUGAACGAGAGGAGAGUAUAUCAUAUCGGUAUCCGACUUGGAUUGAUAUAAAAGAUUAUCCAGGGGAGAACGUCCAAAAAGCUUACACAAUUUCAGGAGCAGACGACAAAUGUUACAUUUCUCUUCGAUCAGCUACCACGAAUCACGUUCUUGCGGCUGAGUUUGAUGUAUUGGGACAAAAAUGCAGCAUUAAACAAUGCGAAGACGAUAAACUCAGGACAUGCCAAGCCCCAAGAACAUCAUCCUGCAGUCUGAGUGGAACUUCACAGAAAGUUGCAGUAGUGAUCUCAGGAGGGAAAUAUAAAUUGAUAGUGGCUGACAAUGAAAUCUUAAGUCAUGACAUCAACGAAUCCUACGACGUAUUUUCACUCGGAUCAUUACAGGCGGUUAGCUGGUCGACCGCGAAAUAGCCAGCUGCAUAGCGGACCAGAAGUGGACCUUUCAACGACGACGGAUUAAAUUGUUUUACUAAUAAAUGUAUGGUGUUUUAAAGGGAAGGGUAUAUUAUUACUUGACAAUCAUUAUAACUUAGAGGAGUUAUUGGUGAGGCUUCGAAGUAGGGCGAAGCAUUUUUUUGACUAAUUUAAUGAAUUUCAGUUCAACUUUAAACAGAUAAUCAAACUUAAUCUUCAAUUUGAUAAUGAUAUUAUAGUUGAGAUUGAUUAAACCUAACGUAUCAUCAAUAAAUAACAUCGCUUAAUUGCGCCAUUGUACUGUUUUCAACAGUACCUAAAGACUAAGCAAAUCACUUUUACGUAAUGAUGGAUUUUGUUCAACUGUUAUUUGUCUUAUUUUGUUAAAACUAUUAUUUAUCAAAUAUUUUUGAGGGUGUGUUUAUCUUCAAUUUUUUGGAGGUCGAGUAAACAAAACGUUAUUUCAAACAUACAAUUAAAAAAAAUACAGGUAUAUGGAUUCAGAAGUUUACACCGUCAAAAGGGCAUUUGCAUUAAUAUCCAUACUUUUGCAAUUUAAUCCAUACUACCAUAUGGGGAUUGCGAAUAGUUUAUCUUCGAUAGCAUUUUGGGAGGGGCGCAGACCGCAUAAUAUCCUAGCAGCAGUGUAACCGGUGUUUAAAAAAACAAGGACUAUUAUCUAAGUAAAGGCAAUUUUUGCAGACCACAAUAAAUGCAAUGCUAUUCGUUUGGAUGUCAUUCGCUUGUGCCCGUACUGAUUUUAAUUAUGAUAAACCCAAACCAAAUCAAAUUAUGACCAAAUCAAAGUAGAAUGAAACACACAGCAACUAAAACAAAUAAUUCCUUUUACCACCGGGAGUUACCCAACAGCUUGUAAUCAGCAUAUCGUUUAUUCUACUUUACAAUUAUUUUAAUUUAUAAUUACAAACAAAAUGAGAUUUGGUUAAAGGUGAUGACACAUUCAUGUAAACAAACUAAACUAAAACUAAUCCAUAAAUUGAAAAAAAACCAAAAGAAGAGAAACCGAUUACAGCAUUAUAUAAAAUCCUUUCACUGGCAUGUACCGAAUAAUAAAACAUAAUCAUCAUAGUUAUAAUGAUAAAAGAAAGAACGCCACUCCAGCAAAACAAAUAAAAAUCAAUUAUUAGCCAUUUUCAUGCCAUUGUAAUUUUUUUUUGAUGUACUUUGGAAUCAGUAAAAUAUCAGACCCCUCAUAUAAGAUAAAUUGCAAAUAAAAUUCAUUGAAUGAAUUUGAACAUGGCAGGAUUCAUAUGAAAAGACUGAAAACCUAUUUUAGUUAAUAACUUUAUUUUUUUGGCAAAGGCAGGUAAAACAAUUAAAGUUCUAUCCUCAGAGAGGCCCAAUCGACAUGGCUUAUAUGCUCCCCUAACGGACUCAGAAUCUCCAGUUUGAAAGAAAAAAAUAUCACAUUUUUUAUUUCAAUUUUUUAAGGUCAAACUGAUGUUACCUUAAACAAAAAGUAAAAUAACAUUUCAGACGAAUUGUCCUUGUUUACCGGCGUUUUUUUUUUUUUUUUU